AUGUUGUCCUUCAUGCGAUCGGCGCAACCGCCGCGAACUGAAAAUUCAUCAAACAAUCCCAUCAUCUACGACUCAGGUCGCUCUUCUGUCACAUUCCGCAACCCGGAAUCGGACUACAUCAUGACCCAUCGCAUUCCCCCGACUACCACAGAGUACGGCGUCUCCAUUGUCACUCCGCCAUUCCACUACCACAUCUACCAAGAUGAGUUCUUCUACGUCCAGUCUGGCAAAGGCCGCUUCUAUCGUGGUGUCGAGAAGGAGCCCUUCGCUAUUCUAUCUAGCGAACCAGGCCUUCAGCGAACGGCGUCGGUCAAAGCGGGACGAUACCACCGCUUCGAGAAUUCUUCAGAGACAGAAGAUCUGGUGGUCGAUAUCCAUUUGACGCCUGAGUCAUACGAGGACGAGCAGCGCUUCUUCCGGAAUUUCUUUGGAUAUCUUGAUGAUUGCAGGGAGGCGGGCAAGCCACCGAGCUUCUUCCAAUUGAUGGUCUUCCUGCACAGCGCAGACACGCCUCUCGCGCUACCACUCCCUUGGGAGUGGCUUGGAAAGGUCGCGAGUAGACUGCUUCUCUGGGCUGCAGCAUUUUGGGACUCGGGCGCUACUUGGCACAAGCGUUAUGUUCCGUACUCAGCUGAUGCACAUUACCUUCAAACUGUCGAUAUCUGGGUACCCAAAGACGCUCGUGGUCCUAGGCCCCCCGCAUCGGAUCAUGUUCCUCAUCGCGAUGGUCCAUGGAUCAUUUACAUACAUGGUGGUGCAUGGCGAGAUCCUCUGGUCGACUCUUCUUCUUUUGAAGCUACCGCACUCAAGCUUUUCAGUGCUCAAGACUCCCCAAUUGCAGGGAUUGCUUCCCUCAACUACCCUCUUUCGAGUCACCCGAAGCACCCUACGCAUCCAUCACCGCCUCAGGAUCCAUCUAAGCCUGUGGAUGUUGCCCGUACAGCAAAACACCCCGACCACAUAAUUUCCGUGCUCUCGGCUAUUUCGUUCCUCCAGAAUGAACUUGGUGUUGCUCACAACUAUGUCUUGUCGGGUCACAGUUGCGGUGCGACAUUGACUUUCCAGGUUGUCAUGAAUGAAGAACGCUGGAUAAAGGCUGCCGCAAGUGGGGUUACAAUCCCCAGAGUGAAGAAGCCUGGGGUCAUUGUUGGUCUUAACGGGUUGUAUGACCUGGCCAGCUUCAUCAACAACCCACCAGGGUCACAUAAAGAACUGCAACCUCUUUACAUCGAUUUCACGAAAGGUGCCUUUGGAAAUAACCAACACGUGUGGAAAGCCAUCUGUCCCACUAGUAUCCACGACUGGACGGCGGAGUGGCCGGAAGGACGAGUAGUGGUCGUUGUGCAAAGCAAAGAGGAUGGCUUGGUACCAUAUUCCCAAACAAAUCUUAUGAAGGAACAUUUGAAGAGGACGUCCAAAGUGGAUGUUAUCGAGAUGGAGGCUGGUGGUGAUCACAAUGAUUUGUGGAAACGGGGGGGUGAGCUUGCUGGGAUCAUGGACCGGGUCGUACGGGAUUAUGCCGGGAUUCCAUCAUCAUGA